CAUCCCCACACAGUUAAAAAAAAUUAAUCCACGGACUUUAAUCACCACCGUGUCCACUGUGGACGGAUUUAAUGACAUCAUCGUCUGUGCUGCGCCUUUGAUUGACACCAGAUCGUCUGUGACCUCGUUGCUCAUGCCCGCCACGCAUGGGGCGUAACCCUCCGCCUGCCCUCACGCAAGCCAAGAUGUCCGACACUGACCCCUCGUCGCCAAAAGACCCCCCGCCGCCACUCGCCUCCCUGCGCACCCCGCUUCAGAGCUCCUUUCUCUUCCUGCGGGAGGGAAGCAGAGUUUGGGAGAGGGAGCGGAAGCCCCCUCAGCCCGGCGCAGAGCUGCCCAGCCCGCUGCCCACCAAACGCACACGCACAUUCUCGGCGACGGUACGAGCCAAAUCGGGUCCCGUGUUUAAGGGCGUGUGUAAGAACUUCUCUCGCUCGCAGGGUCAUGGAUUCAUUCGACCCUCUCAUGGAGGAGAAGACAUCUUUGUUCACGUUUCAGACAUUGAGGGCGAGUACGUGCCGAUGGAAGGCGACGAGGUGACGUACAGGGUGUGCCCCAUUCCCCCCAAGAUGCAGAAGAUCCAGGCGGUGGAGGUGGUGAUCACGCACCUGAAGCCGGGAAGCAAGCACGAGACUUGGUCGGGUCAGAUCAUCGGCUCCUAGAUUCCGGGAUGUCCUGGUUUCCCCGCUGCUGAGGCUCUUGGGCAAGGGUUGCAUUUAAAAAGGUGGAUAUUUUGUGACAGGAGGAUGAUGACGACGAGAGGUGAAGGGAGCGAUGGUGGAAACAGAAGGAAGGUUAGAUGUAAAGGCACUAAAAGAUUUGAACGUAGCCCAAAUGUUUGAUUUGGUUGAAACAUUGCUUGCGCAUUAGAUGAAGCCAAAACUUUGAUUGAGUAAGGGGCGAAGGCUCAACGUCAUUUCGAACAGAUCUGACCCAACGUCGCCUGAGGGAGCAGACAUGCAAACGGGAAAAAUCAAUCAGUUCGAGAGGAUGCAUUAGGCCCACCUGCGCAAUCGAAUGGCAAUUCUGCCUUUACAAAGAUAGCAAUACUCAGUUUUCACACAAAGAGGCAUUCAUUUAACAAUGUUUAUUAUCGUGAUUGUAGUUCGCAGCCGAGCAGAGAGGUGUUUCUAAUAUUUUGACCCGCUGGUGUAGCUAAAUAAUAAAGACAAUUGAGCACAUUUAAGGUGGAAAUGUCGCUAGGUUGGCUAUUAUUAGAUUGUGCAGGUAACCCUAGACAUUUAUUGCCCAUUUUA